ACUUCGUUUGACUGUUUGAUUCAUUUGCUGUUGGCGUUUUCAAUAUUUUAAUUGAAUUGUUUUUAUUGCAGUUUUCAUUGUGUGUCUGGUGUUAUAUCAAGUGUAGUAAUGAACCGAAGGAGAGGACAUGAAGAGGACGAUGGAUACGAUCGUUUACAUCGCAAGAGACGACGUGUCUCUGAGAAUCAAGAGUUGGAAGAUCGGCUAGAGUCCCUGAUCCACCGAGUGGGUGAAAAGAGUAGUUCGAGCUUGGAGAGUAACUUGGAAGGAUUGGCUAGCGUACUGGAGGCCGAUCUGAGCACUUUCAGGGUGAAAAUUUUACGUAUUCUAACAGAUUGCGCUGUACGCAUGCCAGAGAAAUGCACAAUCUAUGCAACUUUAGUAGGUUUGCUCAAUGCUAAGAACUAUAAUUUCGGUGGAGAAUUUGUUGACUAUAUUGUCAAAACAUUCAAGGAAAACCUAAAAGCUGGAAAGUGGAAUGCAGCUAGAUAUUGCCUAAGGUUCAUAGCUGAUUUAGUCAACUGCCAUGUAUUGGCUGCUUCAUCCCUGCUGACAUUGUUGGAGACUCUAGUUGACAGUGCAAAUGAGGAUGGUGUUCCCCAAGUGAGGAGGGACUGGUUUGUUUUUGCUGUUCUAUCCACACUACCGUGGGUUGGCAGAGAGUUGUAUGAAAAGAAGGAAUCUCAAUUAGACCACUUAUUGGUGACCAUAGAUGUAUUUCUCAACAAACGCAGUAAAAAACAUUGGCCUGCUUUGAAAGUCUGGUCAGCUGAUUCGCCACAUCUACAAGAAGAGUAUUUGGAUUGCCUGUGGGCUCAGAUCAAGAAGCUGAAGCAAGACAAUUGGUCUGAGAAACAUAUUCCGAGACCAUACCUUGCUUUUGACUCAAUACUUUGUGAGGCAUUGCAACACACUUUACCGUCUAUUCAGCCUCCACCUCACAAUGACACAGACACCUAUCCAAUGCCACGAGUCAUAUUCCGUAUGUUUGACUACACUGACUGCCCUGAUGGACCAGUCCUGCCUGGUGCACAUUCUAUUGAAAGAUUCCUUAUUGAGGAACACCUUCACAAUAUCAUAGAGGCAUAUCACUUGGAAAGGAAAGAAUGUGCAGCACAGCUUCUUUGUUUUCCAUACAAAGACAAAAUUCCAUUGGAAUACUGUAUUGUUGAAGUUAUAUUUGCUGAGCUUUUUAAUCUGCCUAAGCCGAGAUAUUUGGAGAUAUGCUACGGUUCAGUCUUGAUUGAGCUUUGUAAGCUUCAGCCAUCUACUAUGCCUCAAGUAUUGGCUCAAGCUACAGAGAUUUUGUUCAUGCGGAUUGACUCCAUGAAUGUUGCUUGUUUCGAUAGAUUUGUGAAUUGGUUCUCGUACCAUCUGAGUAACUUCCAGUACCGCUGGUCUUGGGAAGAUUGGGAGGGGUACACUCAGUUGGAUUUAGACCAUCCCAAACCCAGGUUCAUUAGAGAAGUUCUUGGAAAGUGUUUGAGGCUCUCAUACCACCAGAGGAUCAAGGAUAUUACACCGGAAACAUUUUCUGCUUUUGUACCCCUUAAACCGGAGCCCAUUUAUAAGUACUCCAUGGAAGGUGCAGCAUCUCUACCAGGCACAGAAGCGGCGCAUCAGCUGGUUAUCUGCGUGCGCAACAAGUGCACUCCAGAGGAAGCCUUAAACGUGCUGCGGGAGUUGCCCAACCCUCUCCGCGAGGGGGAGCAGGCGGCGACACAGGCGGCACCUCACAACCCUCUCAAGAUCGACGUCUUCGUUCAGACGCUGCUCAAUCUCGGCAGCAAGAGCAUAUCGCAUAGUUUUGCUGCUAUAUCCAAGUUUCAUUAUGUUUUUAAGAUUCUAGCUGAAUCGGAAGAGGCACAGAUAUGCAUCCUGCGCAACGUGUGGGAGUUGUGGCAGAGGCACCCGCAGAUGGUGUGCGUGUUGGUGGACAAGAUGCUCAAGACGCAGAUAGUGGAGUGCAGCGCGGUGGCCACGUGGCUGUUCUCCAAGGAGAUGGCGCCGUACUUCACGCACGGCUGUCUGUGGGAGAUGCUGCAUCUCACCAUAGACAAGAUGAACAAGCACGUCUCGAAAUUAAGUGAUGAGCUCCAAGAGGCUAGAGAAGUGUUGGCUAGAGCUGAUUCCAGCAGUUCCGACUCCGAGGAUGAGGGUACGAAGAAGAAGAAGGAUCAAGACAAGCCUACGGAAGAGGUCGUGGAGCGCAUGGAGGAGCGGCUGGAAGCGGCGCACAUGGACCAGAAGCGGUUGUUCCUGAUCGUGUUCCAGCGGUUCAUCAUGAUCCUGUCGGAGCACCUGGUGCGCUGCGACACCGACGCGCGCGACGCCGACACCUACUGGUACCGCAGCACCGUGGGGCGGCUGCGACAGGUCUUCCUCGUCCACCACGAACAAGUCCAGAAGUACAGCAGCACGCUGGAAACCCUCUUGUUCACUCAGGACCUGGACCCGCACAUCCUGGACGUGUUCCACCAGUUCCUCGCGCUGACCGCCUAGCAUUUAAUCACCACCACUCCGUUGAUCAUCGUCGAGUCGUAGACUUUAGACUAUCGGUGACACGUGUAUGGUGAUGUGUAUUAGUAUAAGUAAUCUAUUAUGUUAUGUAUUAUUUAUUUCGUAUAGCCUGCUACAUGGCGAUUACUGGUCGGUUUUGGAAAUGUAGACAGGUAUCUACUGUCCCGAAAAAUAUUUUUAGAGUUGUUAAUUUUACCUGUUGAAAUAUACUAUUAUAUGUACCAUGAUAUAGUCAUGAUUGUAAGAGUCAAGAUAUUUAAUGAUUUCUUGUGCUUACGCGAAUGUUAGAUUUGAUAAAAACUAUUUUGCGCAUUUUAUCGCGGUUUAUCUAUUAUAAUUUUUUCUCGAUGUUUCGAAGACUUCGCAGCCUUCGUGGUGAGUCCAUCUCAUUGACCACGAAAUCUGCAAAGUCCUAGAAACGCCGGGAGACAAUUAUAACUUAAAGACUGUGAUAACAUCAACAAAAUAGUUUUAUUUCAAUACAAGAUAUUUGUAUAUGCUACGGAGUAGUAUUGACACUAAAUAACUUAACAGAUAUUUGUAUACAUUUCUGGCACUGGCCGGAUCAAUUUACUAUACAUAAGUUGCCUUAUGGUUAACUGCCAGUUUUCAUAGAUUCAUAGACAAUACAAAUUGGAAAUAACCGUCUAUUAUAUUGUUGUUCUUGUAGUCUGCGCACGAUUGCUAAUCAUCCUAGUAUAUACGCUCCCAAUUUUUUACCCACUGAGCCAAUAGCAAUUCGAUCUCUCGAAGCCUUGGCUUCGAAUAAGUGCUAUUGUGCUCAUCUAUGUAAUUAAAAAAAAGUCAGAAUAUCAACGAUACUAAUUUAGGUUCAAGUAGGGUUUGGAAAUUCCCGACAAUUUCAAAUCCCUGGCCACGAGACAACCUACAAUUAAAGUCCCGGGACCUAAACCCUAGGUCCAAGAUAUUAAGCUUAUCCCUAAGGGUAGACUGAACACGAAAGUAAUAUUAUGGAGAGGUAAAGAAGGAUUGCAGUUGUCGAAUAUAAUGUCCUAAAAAUGUGAAUGACAGGUAAGAGAGACGUAAGUGACAAUAAAAUCUGCGUGGUAUGGUUUCGCAAAACCCCAAGUUUAUUGCAGAUUAAGUCUUUGUGCGCAGACUAAUAGUAUUAUAACCUAUACCAAUAAACGUUAUUAAUCAUUGUAAUGAGGAACAGUUCCUCUAGAGCAUUGAUUGCUAAACUGGACCAGGUGGACCCCCAGGAGUCCACGGGAGACUUGGGAGGCUUGACAUGGGUCUACGUUGGCGUGACUAAAAAAUGGGUGGAUAUAAUUUGUAAGCGGGGGUCCACGAAAAUGUACUUGGUUUGAUAGUAAAGUACUAAAAUGCUGGCUUGACUUCACAUAUGUAGGUAGACAAUAUUGAUAGGGGUCGUAAGAGGUACGGUGACCCCAAUAUAGCUAACUGUCCAGACGCCCCCCAUGAUGACUGGGCGAUAGUGUUAAUGCACAUUCUCUGCGAAAUCAAAAAAAAGUCCCCCGAAACCAGUACAACUUUGAAAGAGGUCUAUGAGAGAAAAAAGUUUGGGAACCUUUGCUCUAGACGAAGGAUCUCUAGCCAGGCGACUCCAGUGCCCGAACUAAGCAUUGUUGAGGUCAAUUCCCGAUUAAAAACGCUUAUUGGUAAAGCCCAUUUAGGCCUUUGAAUAAAAUAGCAAUAUAUGAAAAUAAUAGUGAUAUCAGCCUUGUAUUAAAUUUACCCAAUAUAGACAAUCUUUAGGCUUCGUCCAGAAUAAGCAGAUAGCGUGGUGCCGACGCGAAAUAUCAAAAUCAAAUAACCACUAUACGUGUCAAGUCAAAUUACUAUGGCCAGCGUUUACGGAACGGGACUUGGACUCACAUACCUAUAGAUGCCACUCAAUAUUUCUCUGAAUACGAUAUCAGCAGAGACGUUGUCACUUACAAUCGGUAUUAUAAUAUUGUUGCUAUUUAAUAAACAGACAGCUCAAGUUUUUAACCGACUUCAAAAAAAAGGAGGAGGUUAUCAAUUCGACGUGAUUUUUUUUUUUAAUUAAUAGUUCAAUACCUUAAAUAUCUAUUUACGAUCGUAAUCAAAGGUGAGAUCGGUUUAUUAAUAGUGCCCUUAGUGACAUCGUGUGCGUAGUUUUUGAAUGACCUUAACCCUGAGGCCACACUGAUAAGUCUACCUACCAAGUGUUGUACGUGCUGCCGACAAGCGAUAAAACCCAGUUUGGUCUUGUUGCUUGACAGAUGGCCUUGGACUGUGAAGUAGCACUUACCAGGUACCGUGUUCAGGAUAUAUAGGUCGUUGCAUCAAUAAAGGCGUGCCCCCACCACUUUUUCAGAGGGGGUUUUGCGUAGUAAGUGUACUGACCCAAGCCUCAGCUUUGACGCUAUUCAUAGUAGUGUACUUGUGCACUUAUACUGCGCACGCACAUUGUAAGCGAUUAAGGAAAGUACUGGGGCGUGUCUUCGUGGAUGAAAUUGUCUAUACACGUGGUGACAUGCAAGGUGCGAUAAAUUCAAUAUUGAAAAUAUAAUCGCUGCUCGCAACUCUUAUCGCCAUAGACGCUCCCGCCUUUGAGUCUGCACCAGUGGUGAAGGAUCCACAUAACCCAAUACCUACCAGCUUCCCUAUCAUAAUUAUGUAAAACUCUAAAUAUCAUUAGAUCGAUUUGCGAACUGCAUUCAUGGGUAUUAGAACCUAUGUAUAGUUGUGACGGGUCCCCUUUGGGAAAAUUUCAUCCUUCGCCACUGGUCUGCACCCGCUCUGCUCACCGCGUUCACUCUGGACGAGGCCUUACGAGUGGAAGUUGGCCUUUUUGGUCAUAAAUACAAUUAUGAAAUGUAAACAUAGAUAUAAUAGAGUAUUGAACAUUGUCAUUGUAAGAAGAGACUAUAGAUGAAAUAAAUGUAUGUUAUGUUAAUGAUUUACUAUACUUA